UGGCUGCUGAUCAAAAGGUAGGCAGUUCGAAUCCACUAGCCGCUCCUUGGAAACCCUGUGGGGGCAGUUCUGCUCUAUCCUAUAGGGUUGCUAUGAGUCCGAAUCAACUCAAUGGCAAUGGGUAAGAAUACUCUGUUGACUAAUAUUUGUGUGUGUGUGUGUUCUUUACGUGAACGUUUACAGCUCAAGUUAUUUUCUCAUUCAAAAAUUUAUAAGUAUAUUGUUUUGUGACAUUGGUUAGAAUCCCCACAGCAUGUUCCCCUUUCCACCCCACAGGCAGCCUUUUUGAAUGAAUUACCAGCAAGGUGUCCAAAGCUAUCUUCUAAGUCUGCAUUUUGGAGAUUCAUGCAUAUUUGCCAUUUCGCGAGUCGGGAGUCUAAGCUGCUUUGCUGCUCUCCCCCUUUCUGCCAGCUCUCAAAUUUUCAGGAUAGAUGAACUAUUCAGUGCCUAACCCAGAAGUUUUCAAAAUGUAUUCCUCAGAUCAGCAGCAUCAGUAUUACAUGUAAAUUUGCUAGAUGUGUAAAUUCUUCACUUCACCCCAGGUGAUUCUGGUGUGAUGAGUUAGGAAAACACAACUGAUUUUAUAGAAACUCAACUGAUUUUUGUGUUGCCCUUGUACCCUGAAACCUUGCUAAACCCCUCUAUUAACUCUUGAAGCUUUCUGUGAAUUCUUUGGGAAUUUUCUAUAUGUAGGAUCAUGUCAUCUGCAAAGAAGCAUACUUUCACUUCUUCCUUCCUGAUUUGGAUACUUUUUAUUUCUUUUUCUUGCCUUAUUGCUUUGGCUAGAACUUCCAGUACAAUAUUCAAUGGUGAGAGUCUUACUCUCGAUCUUAAGGGGAAAGCUCUCAAUCUUCCUCCAUUGAGUAUAAUGUUGACUGUUAGUUUUGCAUAAAAACCUUUUGCAUAAAUGCCCUUAAUCAAAUUGAGAAAUUUACCUUGUAUUAUUCCUAGCUUGUUGAGUGUUUUUAUCCAAGACAGGGGUUGGAUUUUAUCAAAUGCCUUUUCUGUGUCAAUUGAGAUGAUCAUAUGGUUCUUUUCUUUUGUUCUAUUGAGCCACAUUCUUUUUUAGCAGCAGAAUAUCUGAAUCUAGAAACACCAGCAUUCCUACCAAAGCAAAUAUUAGCAACACUGGAUUCAACAUUCUAGGAGAUGGGGUGAGACAUGAGAGCAUAGAUAAUGAUGGCGAAUUCAUCAACACAAUGGAGGGAAUGUUUCAAGGAGAUGCUCUUCUGUUUAGAGUUAUUAGUGUUGCAGGAAGGGGGAAUGCUUGAGAGAAAUGUGAGCAAGAAAACCCUUUAAGGUAUAAAAUGCAGAAGGAAAAUAAUUAAAGAUAAUAUUUAUACAAGUCUGUUAAUCUUUGACACUAUUUUGGUGGUUGUUUGAGAUUAAAUUUUUGCCAUUUAUGGUAAAUAUAUUUUUUUAUAUAGUCCACCAGCUGCUCCUUGGAAACCCCAUGGGGCAGUUCUGCUCUGUCCUAUAGGGUCACUAGGAGUCGGAAUCUACUUGAUGGCAACAGACAACAACAUAUAGCUAACAUGGAAUGUUAUCUCUUGCACUGUGUUUUAUAAAUACAAAGGACUUCCAGUGCAGUUAUUGUUACAUGGUAUUAGUGAUAAGCAUAUUUUUGUGAGGGUUGGGCAGGUAGUUGAAGAGGAGCCCUGGUGGUUCAGUGGUUAAACAGUUGGCUAUUAACAGAAAGGUCAGCAGUUCAAACCCAUCAGUCUCUCCGAGGGAGAAAGAUGAGAUGUAACAGUCUGCUUCUGUAAAGAUUUAUAGCCUUGGAAACAUUAUGGGGCAGUUCUUCUCUGUCCUACAGGGUUGCUGUGAGUUGGAAUCGACUUGAUGGCAGUGGGUUUUUUUUUAUUUUGGCAGGUAGUUGUCUUAUAUGUGCACUAGGACUCAACGGCACCAGGUUUUUUUUGUUUCCGGGUAGGAGUUAAAUAGAAAAUUUUUAUGAUCUUAAUUGCUGUUGCUUAAAGUCCACUGUCUGACCCAUUCAUAUACUUUUGAAAUAGUUAGGAAGAAAAAGCCCUCUCAUGUUUUUAUAUGAAUGGCCAGAUAGACAGCACUUUUUAAAAUUAGCAUAUGAAUGUUUUGACUGUCUCACUUAAGACAGCCUGUCAGUUUGGCAGCUCUGAGUCUGUUAUUUCUGUGUCUUCUCUUUUUUCAUUUUCAUGUUUUGACAGAUGAGAUUGUGUUUUUGACAAGUGAUUUGUACUUUAUCUAUGGAUUUCAAAGUGUUCUUAAUUUUUUAUUUAUUAAACUAUUUAAAGAUCAUUUUAUCUACCCAUCUUUGGAUAAUGCAAGAUUCUACUUAAUACAAAUGAAUGUAGAAAGUGAUAGUACUGGAGUUCUAAAAAGACGUUAGUAGACAAUUUGUUUUUAUUUCUUUCAGUUCAACAUCCUCAGACUGAGGCCUGGCUAUAGCACUGAUUUAUGGGGAUGGCCCCCUUUUGGAUCACUUAGGAGCAUGUCUUUCAGUAUUGAAGAUAUUUGCAAGUAUCCCUUGAUUAGUGAAUAAAUACCUUGCUGAAAACUAUUGCAAAAGAAAAUUCUCUGUAUUUAAUUUUAUCAUAUAACCAACAUUAAACUCAUUCAUUUGUUCAACAUUUAAUGAGUACCUAAUAAGUGCUGGGAACUGUUCUAAAUAUUGGAGUUACAGUGGUGAAGAAUAUAGUUACCACUCUAUAGAGUUUACAGUCUGUUGGGGGACAUAAGGUCAAAUGAGUAAACAAUGUACUUUCAAAUUAUAAUAAGUGAUUUGAAGAAAACAAAGAAAAGUAAUAGGAUAGAUAGUGCUUGGGUGGGGAAGGAGGUUAAUUUUGGUUGGGAAAGGUUUCUCUGAGGACUUGCUUUCUGAGAAGAAACUUGAAUGUUGAGAAGGAAACACCUAGUCUGGAGGAAGAGUAUUACAGGCAGACAACUGCAGGUAUCUAGGACAUGAAGGAAGCAUAAGGCGGCCGGUGUGGUUAGAGCACAUAAGGGAACCUAUGGUAAGAGAUGAGGGUCAAAGAUAGAGGUUAGAUUAUGUAGGCCAUGGUAAAGCCUUUGGAUUUUAUUCUUUGUGCAAAGGGAAGACUUAAACAGGUGAAAUGCAUGAUCUGAUUUACAUUUUACAAAAAUCAUUCUGGCUCUUGGAAGAGACUGAAUCAUAGGUAACAAAGAGGAAGUUAUUGUAGUGGCCCAGGUGAUAAGCGGCUGGAUUGGGAUUAGAUUUUGUAGGUAGCUAAUUGAGGAGUUGAUAAUAGAUUGGAUGUUGAGGGAAAGUCAAGGACUUGGAAUGGAUUGGAUGUUGAGGGCAAGGAAAAGGGAGAAAUCCAAGGUUAGUUGAAAGUUUUUAGCCUGAGCUGCUGGGUAAAUAGAGAUGCCAUUAACUAAAAUAAAGUAAGACUGGAGAAGGACCAGAUUCUUGGGGAGAAAUCUAGAAUUUUGUUUUGGCUGUCUAAGUCUAAGAUGUCUGUUGGACAUCUGAGUGAAGAUGUUGAGUAGGCAGUUGUUUAUACAAGUCUGCAGCUCAGUGGAGAGGUAGGGAUUUGAGGUAUAAACUUGGGAGUCAUCAGCUAAGAUGUGCUGUAGAGGUUUGGGACUGGAUGAGAUCUCUGAGAGUGUGAUUAUAGACAGGAAAGUGGGCAAAGGACUGAGCCUUGGAGCCAACCAGUGUACAUAGCUGUGGAUAUAUCAGGCAAGAAAAAUUUGUUUCCCAAUUUAAGUAAAAUCAAAUGUUAAUGCAAUAACAGGAUUAGACACGUAGCAUUAUUCUAUGUACAGGAUAUAUGACGUAUGUAUGCACAUGUAUCAUUCCAUGUGUAAUUUAAUCUUCCCGACAAUCAUAUUUAGGUAGGUGCUAUUAUUCGCUCCAUUUUAUGGCAUUGAAAAUUGUGGUACAGAAAAAUGGAGUAACACAAGGUCACACAGCUAGUUAAUGGUGGAGCUGAAGUUUGCUUGCAGGCAGUAUUAAACAUAUAAACACUGCUGCCCCAGUCAGCUGGGUGGGGCUCUGUCCCAUCGGUGAGGGAAGUAGAUUGUAUUCAGAAAUGUAGCAUAUUUCAAGAGUUGAUUCUGUUCUCAUAUAUACAUACGUACAUGUUCUUUACUCCAGACCAUACCUCCACCUGCCUGCUCCACAUCCCUGUGUAUCUUUUACCAGUAUCUCGAAUUCUAGAAGUCUCAAACUGAGUUCACCACCUGUUCUUUCUGUGAUCCAUAACUCAAUUAGUGGUGUGACUCUUUUUCUAAAAGACGAUGAAAAAUUUUGAGAUCACCUUUAAUUUGUUCCUUCUCUGUCCCUUUCAUGAAGUAGGUUCUUAGAACCUGUUAUACUUUUAAAAUAUCUCUCAAGAACAUCUCUUUCUGUUUCUGCUCCCCUUAUUUAAGGCUUCAUCAUCUCUUACUGAUCUAUUGCAACAUAGACUUAUUUGGCCUUCCUGUCUUUAUUGUUCUAUUGUUUUCUAUCCUUCGCAGUACUUCCAAAGUUAGUAGCACAAAAUUCAAGUAGAUUUGCUACUACCUUGAUUAAAAUCCUGUUUUGCCUCAUCCUUGAAGUCAGGAGUUGAGAGCAAGGUUUUGGAGCCUGACUUGAAUUUCCUCUUACCUUCCUAGCUAAGAUACCUUGGGGAAUUUACUUAACCCUUUUGCCUUAAUUUCCUUUUCCAUAAAAUGGGCAUGAUAAUUGCUCCUUCUCAUAAGGUUGAUAGGAAGAUUCAAUGAAAUACGAUAUAUAUAAAACAGUUCGGUGGCUUGGCACAUGCUUGAUAAAUGGUAGCUAUUACCAUUAUUUCUAAAAGAGUAUUCACAGCUCUCCAACCUUGACUCCACUAUACCUUGCCUUGCAUUGUAGGUUUCAGAUCUAUAAGAUGACUUGCUCUUUGUCAAUUUGGCCCAUACCUCUGUGUUUUGGCUUAUGCUCUGUUCCUUGAAUCUGGAACAUUCCUCCCCAAGCCCUUUAUCUGCUUGCUGGAAGACUAUUGUGCCACCUCUCUUGUGAAACUGCUCUCAGUUAUCACAGUCACAAUUACUCUUUAGGGCUUCCAUAGUUUUAAUGAGAGAAUAUGUCACUAGUUAUUCCAUCUUCUAGCACUUAGCUUGAGCUAAGAGCUUGGGCUCUGGAGAGACAGACAAUAGUAAAAGAUGAGUAAGUGUUGGCUGCUAUUAUUACUGUUCUUUUCAUUAGUUGUGUAUCUGUCUUCUCCUUGAACCUCUAUGAGACUGCUCUCUCCUCAAGGGCACAGUGCCCAGUACAGCUCUUUGUAGAUAACAGGUACUCGGUAAAUGUGUGUUUAGUUUAAAGAAACAAGGACUGGCUUUAGCCUCUCUAGGGCUGCCUGAUAGUGGAAGGAGGUGAGAUGGGUAAGGUUAGAGGUUGUAGAGCAAUCUGCCCUAGAGUUUCCUGCUAGGGAACGGAAGCGUGGUCCUGUAUCAACUGGGCAGUGUGACAGAAUUCCUACUGUAAUAGAUACUUUAGUUGUCUUUUUUUUUUUUUUUUAGCAAAGCAAGACCUUUAUGUUCUUAAAGCACUCAACUGUGUGAAAUAUUCACAAAUGAGGCAUAAAUUUUUGCUGUCAAAUAUACUUCUACCUUUGUCCCUUUACUUUCCUGAUACCUCUUAAAAAAAAACAAAAAAAAAAACCUCUUUAGAUACUUGAAAAUAAUUUAGAGGUUUUUAGGAAAAUUAAUAUGUUUUCCAAAUACUGUUUCACAUUGUGUUUAAUAUUCUACUUCUAAAACACAAUAAAUGUAAAUAAGUAUGAGGCUAGCUUUUCCAGGCAUUUACUCUGUGAUCAAUGUCAGAUAUAUCACACACCUUAGGAAAUCUUGAAGAAAUCCAAAACAAUGGAAAACGGUAUGUUUUCUCCAUUCAUUUCCUCUUUCUUGCUUUUGUUCAGAUUUGAAUAGACAAGUAGUUAUUGAGGAAAAUACUAUUUUACAGUAUCUGCUUUUAAGGAAGUGAUUGGCAAAGUGCUGUGUUAAAAAAUGAAGGCGUUGUAAAAAUGCCUUUUAGUAGCUGCGGAUCUCUGAAAAUGUGUUCUUAUUGUUUGAUGUUGGAUCUUUGAAACAAUAAUGGUAAAUUACAAUGGUGCUAGCUUGGUAGCACUACUGAAAUAAUUCCUGGUGGAGAAAGUAUAUUAAUACAGUAGUAAUUCUGUAAAUAUUUCAUAUAAAAUUGCAGAUUCAGUUUGGAUUAAGGAAAAUAAAUAAAUAAUUCAAGAUACAAAGAAGCAAAAAACAAAAAGUGAUUUAAGUCAUUGUUGGUAUUUAAAAGCAUCUAGGUAAUGGUCAAGGAGCCUGGGUGGCUCAGUGGUUAAGUGCUUGGCUGCUAACCAAAAAGUUGGCAGCUCGAACCCACCCAGCAGCUCCAUGGAAGAAAGAUGUGGCAGUUUGCUUCCAUAAAGAUUACAAACCUUGGAAACCCACAUUGGGAAGUUCUACUCAGCUCUGUAUGGUGAUUAAGAGUCAGAAUCAACUCGACGGCAAUGGGCUAGGGAACCGUCCUUAUUGUGUGGUACCUAUUAAAUGAAAGCAGAAGCACACACCAAGCAGCAGGGGAAGAAGUACCCUACAAAUUACAGCUAAGUGACUCAAAGGAAAUAUACCUUAAAAAUGGAAAAACAGUUUAAAGUCUUGUAUUACUUUCAAGUUUUAGAUUGAUUCUGUCUUUCUACAGAAACAUAUUUUCUUGGUCUUUUUUUCUGCCACAGCUCACUUGCUCCCAGACCUCCUGCUUAACUCACCCUUGCUGGCUCAAUUUAAAUAACUUUGUAUUUUAUUGUGGAGCCCUGGUGGCACAGUGGUUAAGAGCUACAGCUGCUAACCAAAAGACUGGCGUUUUGACUCCUUGGAAACCCUGUGGGGCAGCUCUACUCUGUCCUACAGGGUCGCUAUGAGGCAGAAUCAACUCAAGGGCAGUGAGUUGUAUUUUAAGUCCAACAACGUCCGAGCAAGGGAUGCCCUUCAGUCUGCAGGCCAUGCGUGGCAUGCAUAUGCAGAGGGAGUCAGAGAGGCCUUCUGGAGAACCACCCCACAGGUUAGGAACCAGGUAGGACCCUUCAUUUAUAUAUGGAAAAGUGAAGCCUUGAGUGGUUUAAGUCAGUAGUCACAAGUUAUAACUUACAGACGGAAUUUAGCCCAACAGGCAUGUUUUGUUUGGUCUGUUUAGGAUGCAUAAAAAUUUUUGAGCAAAGAUUUAAAAAUCAGAAAAUUUCAGUUGCUCCUGAAAAUUUAAAAGAUCUGGCUCCAUUGGGUUGGUAUUCUUACAUGACGUAAUUUGACUAGCACUGAGUAGCAGCUAGCGUUUUACGUAGAGUGUCCACCUCCAGGUUGGCCAUCCUCACAGUUCCCUUUUGUUUUAUUCCUGGCUCUGUUUCACUUAUUUAUGUUACCUGCCUGGCCCAUCUGAAAAUAUUAUAUAGCAAGUCAGAGACGGAGCAGGAAGGAGAAACUUCUCCCCUCUACCCCAUCACCACUUAGGCAGUGAGUGGUUCAUAAGGAGAAGUAGCUUUUGGUUCUCGGCCUUCCAUCACCAUUAUUGAGCUGUGUGGAAUUGAGGAGGUCACUUAACUUCUCUGAACUUCGGUUUUGUUAUCUGUCGAAUGGUUAUGAUAAGUAUUUUAAUUAUAUACAUAGUUAAAAAAAAUUUUUUUUGUUGUUUUUACAUAGUUAAAAAAUAUUCACCUCCGGACUUAUAAAAAAUAGCCCCAUAAAAAUCAUAGUUAAUAUUUAGUUACAUAGUCUAUAGAUUCAAAUGCUGCUUCGGCCAUGCUCUUUUCCUACUGUUAACUCCUUCAGUGCUCUGUGUUCUAUAAGAAAAAAAUCCAGAUUUCUUCCCUUAUAUUCAAUGUUCCCAGCCAUUUGGUUCCAACAUACCUUGCCAAAUAUCUUGUACUUUGGAUUGAAUAGAAUGGAAUUUCAUUCAUUCACCAUUCAUUUUUUUUAGCCCCGAAAUAUUGAGUACCUCUUCUGUGCAGGGCACUAUUCUAGCCAUCAGGGAUUAUAAAGUUGAACAAGACAAAGCUUCUGCCUCUAAUGUUCUCAUACUCAAGGUUUAUAUUUUAGGCAGGCUAAUGUUUUGUGUUGUAAAAGCAGUUCACAUAUUCUUGCCUCCUUUGCUCACACUAUUCUUUUUUGAGUAUUUCAUUGAAAAAAUAUUCGUUGCCUGCUAUAUGUCAGCCACUUUUCUGGGUGUUGGUAUUUUAACAGAGCAAAGUCCCCGAUCCCUUGGGAUCUAUGUUCUUGAGAAGGAAAUAAGACAUUAUAUAAGUAAACCAAAAUUAUAUGUCAUAAGAAAAAUGAAGCAGUGUAAGGAUAGGAAAUAACAGCGUGAGAGUCAUGGUGCUAUUGUUCUAGGUAGGGUGGUGAAAGACAGCUUUUCUAAGAUGGUAUUUGAACAGAGACCUGAAGGAACUGAGGGAGGGAGCCAAGAGAAUAUCUGGAGGAAGAGUGAUCUAGGCAGAGCGGGCAACAAGUCCAUUGCUUGACAUGUUUAAGGGACAGCAAGGAGGCCAAUAUGGCAGGGGCUGAGUAAGGGAGCGGGAGAGGAAUAAGCGGUGAGCUCAGAAAGGUAGAGGGGUCCAGAUCCUGGGGGCCUCAUAGGCCGUGGUAACCUUUCCUUUUGGCUCUGGAAUGAGUUGUAUCCCUUCUCAAAGCUUACUUCAAGUUUCUUUCUGAGCACUUCCUUGACCACUCCUGGAAUACCUAUGAUCACCCGCUCAUUUGUCACUUAACUAAGGCUGUGCUAGCUUGCCUUCUUAUAGGUCUUUUGUUCUGUUCUAUCUUCUUUGUAACUUUCUCUAGCAUAGGGACUUGGUCUUACACCUAUUUCUAUCCUACACAAUGCUUUGCACCUAGUUUGUUUUAUGAGGCUCUCGCCUCAGAUGUCAGCAGUAGUAAUUUGAAAGUUAUUUCUAAGAAAGAAGUAGGAAGACUUGGUGAUAGAUUAAACAUAGGGGAAUGAUGAUAAGGUUUUAGUUUGUCAUCCUGGAAGAAUCACGGACAGAAAAAGUAAAGUUGGGAAGAGAAGCUGAUUUGGGGGUAGAUUAAGGAAUUUGUUUUGAAAUUUAUUGAACUUUUCAUGGUAGUAGAACAUCUAUGUGAAGCCAUCCCGAAUGAUAUGGUAUGUCAGGAUAUAUAUAGAAUAUUAGAUUUGUGAUUGCUGCCUACAGUCUGUAAUAUUCUUAAGUGCAGGAACACAGUCUUACUCAUGUCAAAUGUCUUGUAUCAAAAACGAGAAACGAGUUGCUGUUGAAUCAUUUCUGACUCGUAGUGAGUCCAUGAGUGUCAGAGUGGAGCUGCACUCCAUAGGGUUUUCAAUGGCUGAUUUUUCAGAAGUAGAUCGUCAGGGCUUUCUUCCAAGGCUCUGCUGGGUGGGUUUGAGCUGCUGCCCUUUUGGUUAGUAGUAGACCCCUUAGCUGUGUACGCCACCCAGGCACUUCUGAUGCCUGAAACAGAGGCUAGCAAAUAACAGAUGCUUAAGUCAUUUUUUUUUUUUUUUAAGUCAUAGACACAUAAUAGGUUUAUUGGGAUCAGAGAUAAGGUUGACAUACAGCUAUGAAGCAUGUCAUCGAGAGGGCGUAGGGUCUGGAUUCCAAUCACUGUGUGUCUGAAUUCCAGUUCCAUCACAUUUUAUGUGUGUGGUCUUACUUGUGUAGGUGACCCUCUGAAUCUCAGGGCCCUCAUCUGGAAAAAGGAACAUUAAGUAAGAAGUUCCUUGCAGAGCUGUGAGUUAAAGAACAUAGGCACAGGUCCUGGCAUACACUGGUGUUCAAUAAAUAGUACCUGGUUUUUUUAUCCCUGGUGGUGCAGUGGUUAAGAGCUUGGCUGCUAACCAAAAGACUGGCAGUUUGAAUCUACCAGCUGCACCUUGGAAACCCUAUGGGGCAGUUCUACUCUGUCCUAUAGGGCCAUCAUGAGUUGGAAUCGACUUGAAGGCAAUGUUUUUUUUUUUUUUUAAUCCAUUCAUUCAGAUAUAAUUAUCAAAGAGCUAAUGCUUGUAUCAUGAAUUUCAGACUCUAAGGCUUAGACGGGAUCUCACAAAUAAUCUGAUUCAGUUAAUUUAUUGUUUUGGGUGUUUUAAUGACUUACUUAUAAUCUGAUAUAGUGAUCAGUCUGCAUAUAACCACCCAUAUUAACCAAUCCUGGCAGUGCAUACAGACUUCUGAGAGUAAUAAGUUAAACAUUGUUGGAACACUGGACUCAUAGUAUAUCAGUUGGUAUUAUUAUGUACAUCAGUUGGUAUUCUAGUAGUUUACACUGUCCGUUAUAUUCCUAGUUACCAAGACAGUCUCAUGGUAGGAUAGGAGUUGAUAGAUAUGUUGGGUAGUAAAUAAUAGUAGACCCGCAUAGUAUUUUGUAUUUACAGACUUAUCUCAAAUAGAAUGGAAUCACUCCACAGAAGAUGAGUGAAACUCAAUUCCCACAGCAAUGUUUUUUAAAGAUGCAAAUAGAACCUAUAAAGUUAAUUUGGGGGCAAAAUUACUAAUUUUUUUUUUUUUUUUACUUUGUUAAAGGGUCGCUAUGAGUCGGAAUUAACUGGAUGGCAGAGGGUUUGGUUCGUUUUUUUUUAAAAGAUCUUUUAUUUUUUUGGUUUGUAUCAGGAAUUAAAGUUUUGUAGCCUUUGAUCUAGAGUCCUUUCCUAUCCCUUUUCUCUCGCUAACUCACCUAUAUAUCUAAGUAUAUAUUUUGAACAGGCUUCCUGACCUCUGAGGUCUCUUUGGGCUCUGAUUUCUUUAGUAGCUGUUGAGUACUUCUGAAACCAUAUGCUUUACUUGUUUUGGUGCAGAUGUCGUGGCACUAAGACCCAGAAACCAUUUGCUCUGUGUGGCUGGAGCUGGGCAGGCUGUGUUCUCACUGAAGGGAAGGAAGUCAUUAGUGCAGACUGAGCUGUGGAGUUGGGUUCUUGCAGGAUUUCCUUCCAGGCUUUCCCCACUAAGGUUCUCGGGAAUUAAAAAUUUUUUUUUCUAAACGCACAAACCAAGUUUUCCUAUUUACAGUGUUCAGGGAAGGGGUAGGCAUUUCGGGAAGGGCAGAUCCUUUCCCCAAGUUACCCAAGAAGGAAGCGAAAACAGCGUAAAGAAGGUCAGAUUCCAGAUCUUUGGAAUUUUCUUUGCUAAAUUUUACAAACAAGAAAUACACCCAGAAUUUUGGGAAUUGCUCCAGGCUGCGCGUGAGGGGUUGAUUGUUUGUCUAAUCUUUGAGAAGAGGAGAAUUCGACAAAAGGGGUUUGGAUGGCAGAAGCCCGGCUGGGUUUCCGCAGCAGCUCGCGGUCUCAGUCUCUUCUCUGAGGGAGGGUCUCUGCAGCCGUCUGGAGACCCCCUGCCGCAGGCUCCUUCUGCUGGCGCUCACCCGCCCGGGAAGAUGCCCCGCUCUGGCAGGAGCACGCUGGUGGCCGCUGGGACUUCCUAGCCCGGUGGGAAGUGUGUUCGUUGUGUGGGGAUACUUUUCAUUGAACUGAAGGCGAAAAGACUGGACUCUCCGGGGCUUUUUCCCUUCGCAGUGAACAUGGGAAAGAAUUAGGGGGUGGGAGGGAGGCAGCAUGACUUGCAGUCGCCGCUGCCCUGCAUCUGCCCCCAGCCCCCAGCCAGCAUCUUGAUGUUCCACGUAUCGGCUGUACAAAUAUGAUGAAAUGGCAGCCCCGGAAGAAGGCAUACUUCCGACAGGGCGUUGCCCUCCAGUACCUUGGACGUCAUGCCGAUGCCCUGGCUGCCUUUGCAUCCGGGCUGGCUCAGGACCCCAAGAGCCUCCAGCUUCUGGUAGGGAUGGUGGAAGCCGCCAUGAAAUCUCCCAUGAGAGAUUCCCUGGAACCUACUUACCAGCAGCUUCAGAAAAUGAAACUGGACAAGAGUCCCUUCGUGGUCGUAUCUGUGGUUGGGCAGGAACUCCUGACGGCUGGCCAUCAUGGGGCCUCUGUGGUUGUCUUAGAAGCUGCUCUGAAGAUUGGCACCUGCAGCCUCAAGCUGAGAGGUUCCGUUUUCUCUGCCCUGAGCAGUGCUUACUGGUCUCUUGGGAACACAGAGAAGAGCACUGGAUACAUGCAACAGGACUUGGAUGUAGCCAAGACCUUAGGUGACCAGACAGGGGAAUGCCGAGCUCAUGGGAAUCUGGGCUCCGCAUUCUUCUCCAAAGGAAAUUACCGGGAGGCUCUUACUAACCACAGGCAUCAGUUGGUGCUCGCCAUGAAACUCAAGGAUCGAGAGGCAGCUUCGUCAGCCCUGAGCAGUCUGGGCCAUGUGUACACGGCCAUCGGAGACUACCCCAAUGCACUGGCCAGUCACAAGCAGUGUGUUCUCCUCGCCAAACAAUCCAAAGAUGAACUUUCGGAAGCCCGAGAACUUGGCAACAUGGGAGCCGUGUAUAUUGCCAUGGGUGACUUUGAGAAUGCUGUGCAGUGCCACGAGCAGCACCUGAAGAUAGCCAAGGACCUGGGCAACAAGCGAGAAGAGGCCCGGGCCUACAGCAACCUGGGCAGUGCCUAUCACUACCGAAGGAACUUUGACAAGGCCAUGUCUUACCACAACUAUGUGCUGGAGCUGGCCCAGGAGUUGAUGGAGAAGGCCAUUGAGAUGAGGGCCUAUGCCGGCCUGGGCCAUGCUGCCAGGUGCAUGCAGGAUUUAGAGAGAGCGAAACAGUACCAUGAGCAGCAGCUGAGCAUUGCUGAGAACCUCAAGGACCGGGCUGCUGAGGGGCGAGCGUCCUCCAACCUGGGAAUAAUACACCAGAUGAAGGGCGAUUAUGACACUGCACUGAAACUCCACAAGACCCACCUGUGCAUCGCCCAGGAGCUGAGUGAUUACGCUGCUCAGGGGCGGGCCUACGGGAACAUGGGCAACGCCUACAAUGCUCUGGGCAUGUAUGACCAGGCGGUCAAGUACCACCGGCAGGAGCUACAGAUCUCCAUGGAAGUGAACGACCGUGCCUCACAGGCCUCCACGCAUGGCAACCUGGCCGUGGCCUACCAGGCCCUGGGUGCCCACGACCGGGCCCUGCAGCACUACCAGAACCACCUGAACAUCGCCCGAGAGCUGCGGGACAUCCAGAGUGAGGCCCGGGCCCUCAGCAACCUAGGCAACUUCCACUGUUCCCGGGGAGAGUAUGUCCAGGCUGCCCCCUAUUAUGAACAGUACCUCCGGCUUGCUCCCGACCUUCAGGACAUGGAAGGAGAAGGGAAGGUCUGCCACAAUCUCGGCUAUGCCCACUACUGCCUUGGGAACUACCAGGAGGCAGUGAAGUACUAUGAGCAGGAUCUGGCACUGGCCAAAGAUCUUCAUGACAAAUUGAGCCAAGCAAAAGCCUACUGCAACUUGGGCCUAGCGUUCAAGGCUUUGCUGAAUUUCGGCAAAGCUGAGGAAUGUCAGAAAUACCUACUGUCCCUAGCCCAAUCCCUGAAUAAUUCCCAGGCGAAAUUUCGAGCCCUAGGGAACCUGGGUGAUAUAUUCGUCUGUAAAAAAGAUAUCAGCGGUGCAAUAAAAUUCUACGAGCAGCAACUGGGCUUGGCUCACCACGUGAAGGACAGGAGACUGGAGGCCAGUGCAUAUGCCGCCCUGGGCACUGCAUAUCGAAUGGUCCAGAAAUAUGAUAAGGCCUUGGGCUAUCACACACAAGAACUGGAGGUCUAUCAGGAGCUGAGCGACUUGCCAGGGGAGUGCAGAGCUCAUGGGCACCUGGCAGCUGUCUACAUGGCCCUGGGGAAAUACACGAUGGCCUUCAAGUGUUAUGAAGAGCAGCUGGAUCUAGGGCAGAAGUUGAAGGAUCCAAGUCUAGAAGCCCAGGUCUAUGGCAACAUGGGCAUCACAAAGAUGAACAUGAAUGUGAUGGAAGAAGCCAUUGGCUACUUCGAGCAGCAGUUGGCCAUGUUGCAACAGCUCAGCGGAAAUGAGUCUGUGCUGGACAGGGGCCGGGCCUACGGCAACCUGGGGGAUUGCUACGAGGCCCUGGGGGAUUACGAGGAAGCUAUCAAAUACUAUGAACAGUAUUUAUCUGUUGCCCAGAGUCUGAAUCGCAUGCAAGACCAAGCCAAGGCUUACCGGGGCCUAGGAAAUGGACACAGGGCGAUGGGGAGCUUGCAGCAAGCCCUCGUGUGCUUCGAAAAGAGGCUCGUGGUGGCCCAUGAGCUCGGGGAGGCCUUCAAUAAAGCCCAGGCCUACGGAGAGCUGGGCAGUCUGCACAGCCAAUUAGGGAAUUAUGAACAAGCCAUUUCCUGCCUGGAACGCCAGCUGAACAUUGCCAGAGAGAUGAAAGACCGAGCCCUAGAGAGCGACGCGGCCUGUGGCCUGGGGGGCGUUUACCAGCAGAUGGGGGAGUAUGACACAGCCCUCCAGUACCACCAGCUCGACCUGCAGAUAGCAGAGGAAACCAACAACCCCACGUGCCAGGGCCGAGCCUAUGGGAACCUGGGCCUAACGUACGAAUCGCUGGGCACCUUUGAGAGGGCUGUGGUCUAUCAAGAGCAGCACCUGAGCAUUGCCGCCCAGAUGAAUGACCUGGUGGCUAAGACGGUAUCAUACAGCAGCCUCGGGAGGACCCAUCAUGCCUUGCAGAACUAUUCCCAGGCAGUCAUGUAUUUACAGGAAGGUCUACGGCUAGCUGAGCAACUGGGCCGAAGAGAAGAUGAGGCCAAAAUCCGCCACGGGCUCGGCCUCUCUCUUUGGGCUAGCGGAAAUCUGGAGGAGGCCCAGCACCAGCUCUAUAGGGCAUCGGCCUUGUUUGAAACAAUCCGGCAUGAGGUGCAGCUGAGCACAGACUACAAACUCUCCCUCUUCGACCUGCAGACGUCCUCCUACCAGGCCUUGCAGCGGGUGCUGGUCAGCCUCGGCCAUCAUGAUGAAGCCCUGGCCGUGGCUGAGAGAGGACGGACAAGGGCAUUUGCUGACCUUCUGGUGGAGCGACAAACAGGACAACAGGACUCUGACCCUUACUCCCCGGUCACCAUCGAUCAAAUCUUGGAGAUGGUUAAUGGCCAGAGGGGCCUAGUGCUCUACUACUCCCUGGCCGCAGGCUACCUGUACAGCUGGCUGCUUGCUCCCGGGGCAGGAAUUCUCAAGUUUCACGAGCACCAUCUGGGUGAUAGUAUGAUGGAAAACUCCGGUGACUUCCAGGUCGGCAACAGUGCGACCCUUCCGACAGCAACCAGCUCAGCCCUUGAGCAGCACAUCGCCAGCGUCCGGGAGGCCCUGGGGGUGGAGUCUUACUACUCCAGGGCCUGUGCCAGCAGCGAGACAGAGAGCGAGGCCGGUGACAUCAUGGAUCAGCAGAUUGAAGAGAUGAACAACAAACUCAACUCGGUCACUGACCCAACGGGCUUUCUGCGGAUGGUCAGCCGCAAUAACCUCUUUAACAGGAGCUGCCAGAGCAUGACGAGUUUGUUCAGUAACACCAUGUCGCCCAUCAAGGACGGGACCUCCUCCCUUCCCAGGAGGCAGACAUCGUUUGCCAAGCCCCCACUCCGUGCUCUGUACGAUCUGCUCAUCGCGCCCAUGGAAGGGGGCCUGAUGCACUCCAGCGGCCCCGUAGGACGGCACCGGCAACUGGUCCUGGUCCUGGAGGGGGAGCUGUACCUCAUACCCUUCGCCCUCCUGAAGGGAAGCUCCUCCAACGAGUACCUGUAUGAGCGCUUCGCCCUUAUCGCCGUGCCUUCCAUCCGCUCCCUCAGCCCACAGGCCAAGUCUCAUCUGAGGAAGAGCCCGCCCGCAUAUGCCAGCUCCACGUCCAUGGCAGCCGUCAUCGGCAACCCCAAGCUCCCAGCAGCUGUGAUGGACAGGUGGCUGUGGGGGCCAAUGCCGUCGGCUGAGGAGGAAGCCUAUAUGGUGUCAGAGCUGCUGGGCUGCCAGCCCCUGGUGGGCAGCGUGGCCACCAAGGAGAGGGUCAUGAGUGCCCUGACACAGGCUGAGUGUGUCCACUUUGCCACCCACAUCUCCUGGAAGCUGUCAGCCUUGGUCCUCACGCCCAAUGUGGAUGGCAACCCUGCCAGCAGCAAGAGCUCCUUUGGCCACUCCUACACGAUCCCCGAGUCCCUGCGGGUACAGGACGACGCCAGUGAUGUGGAGAGCAUCUCGGACUGCCCGCCCCUCCAGGAGCUCCUGCUCACGGCCGCAGAUGUCCUGGACCUGCGGCUGCCUGUGAAGCUGGUGGUCCUUGGCUCCUCUCAGGAGUCUAACAGCAAAGUCACAGCCGACGGGGUCAUUGCGCUGACACGGGCCUUCCUGGCUGCUGGCGCACAGUGUGUCCUCGUGUCUCUGUGGCCUGUGCCAGUGGCUGCUUCCAAGAUGUUCAUCCAUGCCUUCUACUCAUCUCUGCUGAAUGGCCUGAAGGCCAGCGCCGCCCUAGGCGAGGCCAUGAAGGUGGUGCAGAGCAGCAAGCCCUUCACACACCCCUCCAACUGGGCAGGUUUCCUGCUCAUUGGGAGCGACGUAAAGCUGAACAGUCCCUCGUCCCUCAUCGGCCAGGCCCUCACAGAGAUCCUGCAGCACCCUGAGCGUGCACGGGACGCCCUGCGAGUACUCCUGCACCUGGUGGAGAAGUCCCUGCAACGUAUCCAGACUGGACAGCGCAAUGCCAUGUACACGUCCCAGCAGAGUGUGGACAACAAAGUAGCUGGCAUUCCUGGCUGGCAGGCCCUCCUCACUGCCGUGGGCUUCCGACUGGACCCCCCAGCCAGCGGCCUGCCGGCGGCCGUUUUCUUCCCAACCUCCGACCCAGGUGAUCGGCUCCAGCAGUGCAGCACCACCAUCCAGUCCCUGCUGGGUUUGCCCAACCCUGCCCUUCAGGCGCUCUGCAAAGUCAUCACCGCCUCGGAGACUGGCGAGCAGCUCAUCAGCCGGCUCCACCAGGUGCUGGUUCAGCUCCAGGCUGGCGAGAAGGAGCAGGACUUUGCAUCAGCACCCAUCCAGGUCUCCAUCAGCGUCCAGCUAUGGCGGCUCCCGGGAUGUCAUGAGUUCCUGGCAGCUCUAGGUUUUGACCUCUGUGAAGUUGGUCAGGAGGAAGUCAUUCUGAAAACUGGGAAACAGGCCAACCGACGGACUAUGCACUUCGCACUCCAGUCCCUGCUGUCCCUCUUUGAUUCUACGGAGCUGCCCAAGCGCCUCAGCCUUGACAGUUCGUCCUCCCUCGAGUCUCUGGCAUCAGCUCAGUCCGUCUCCAACGCCCUGCCUUUGGGCUACCAGCACCCUCCCUUCUCUCCCACUGGUGCAGACAGCAUCACCUCGGACGCCAUCUCCGUGUACAGCCUGAGCUCUAUCGCCUCCUCCAUGAGCUUUGUCUCCAAGACUGAGGUUGGGUUGGAAGGUGGCGGCCCCAGAGGACGACAGGACUAUGACCGGUCCAAAAAUGCUUACCCGCAGAGAUCCACCUUGCCUCGGCGGCAGAUGUCCCCACAGGCCCGCACUGCAGGCAGCAAAGAUGAGGAGGAGUACGAAGGGUUCUCCAUCAUCAGCACCGAGCCUCUGGCGGCCUACCAAGAAAACAAGAAGGCACGAUUCUCACCAGAUCACAAUCAGUCCAGGGUCGGGACACCUGGAGGUGUUAAAGUUUCUGUCAGCUCCAAGGGGAGCAUCAGCACUCCAAACUCUCCAGUUAAAAUGACUCUGAUUCCCAGCCCAAACUCACCCUUCCAAAAGGUUGGAAAACUAGCAAGUUCAGAUACAGGAGAAUCAGACCAGUCUAGCACAGAAACAGAUAGUACCGUGAAAUCCCAAGAAGAAAGCAACCCAAAGCUUGAUCCACAAGAGUUGGCCCAGAAAAUUCUAGAGGAGACGCAAAGUCAUCUCAUUGCAGUAGAGCGUCUUCAGAGGAGUGGCAAUCAAGCGAGCAAGAACAGUAAUUCAGAUGAUGGCAUUUCCGUGCCAAACAGCACUACCGUCUUCAGAGCGUCAGAAACAAGUGCAUUCAGCAGGCCUGUCCUUUCCCAUCAGAAGAGCCAACAAUCACCAGUUACUGUUAAGCCAAAGCCCCCAGCCAGAAGCUCAUCCCUGCCCAAGGUGAGCUCGGGAUAUAACAGCCCCACCACCUCGGAGACAUCCAUCAAAGACAGCCGGAGCCAGCACAGCGGCCGGCCCUCGCCCGGCUCUGACUCCCAGACUUCCCUGACUGACCAGCCUCUCUUUAAACUGAAGUACCCCAGCUCUCCUUACAGUGCUCACAUUUCCAAGUCCCCGAGGAACAUGUCCCCAAGCUCAGGCCACCAGUCUCCUGCUGGUAGUGCACCAUCCCCAGCUCUCUCAUAUUCUUCAGCUGGUUCGGCUCGUUCGAGCCCUGCAGAUGCGCCAGACAUAGACAAACUGAAAAUGGCAGCCAUUGAUGAGAAGGUGCAGGCCAUCCAUAACCUGAAGAUGUUUUGGCAGAGCACACCCCAGCAUCCCACAGGACCAAUGAAAAUAUUCCGCGGGACCCCUGGAACGAUGACUUCCAAAAGAGAUGUCCUCAGUCUAUUGAAUUUGUCACCUCGGCACAACAAGAAGGAUGAAGGAGUAGAUAAGCUUGAACUUAAGGAGCUGUCUUUGCAGCAGCAUGGUGAAGCACCCCCAAAACCCCCUCCCAAUGGACACUGGCACACACAGACCACCAGGCUGAGCACACUCCCGCUGCCUGCCGGCGUUCCUGCAGCUCCUACGCGCCCUCUCAGACUUCCUUCUGGAAACGGCUAUAAGUUUCUAUCCCCGGGAAGAUUUUUUCCUUCCUCCAAAUGCUAAGUGUCUUUUCUACCCAUUGAAUCCGAGAGCAGCAGCCCACAGAGAGGGUCUCAGUAUUCACUCUGCCUACUUGCCUUGCCUGAGCGCACAAGUCACCGCCAUGCCGCUGUCAGCACCGCCUCGUGAUGGAUGCCUUCCCCGGCGUCACCGUGUCCAAACGCUACCAAGCACACAGCCAGUGGCUCUGUUGCCAGGACUCUGGACCAGAUUCACCAAAAGCCAGAACUUCUGUGGGGUCGGUACAAGAAGCUCAUGGAAUUUUCCACACACUUCACCAAAUGUUUACCUUUGAACUCCCAAUUCUCAUCUCUGAUGUGAUUCUUCGCCAGGAUUUUUGUACAAAACGGUCAUGGUUGUGGGGUGGGGAGAGGAAAGGGAGCAGGUAUUUUGCUAAGAGGUGGAUAUACAGCACCUUUUAUACAGAAAUACAAAUAGAGCUUUUUUUUUUUUUUUUUUUUUUUACAGCUUUCAGGUGCUGGUUGGGGUGGUAUAUAUAAAAAAAUUUCUCUAAGUUGGAAGUGUUAUAGUCACCAAAAACAGAAUAAUGGUUUUAGAAAAUGCCAAUGAUUUGUAAUUAAAUUGUAGCAAUUUUGAUCUCAUAACAUUGUGACACCACAGUAACAAUGCAAUAAUUCAGGUUGAAACAGUGCUUCCAUCCUGAACACUUCUUCCGGCUCUACAAAUGUCCUUUUGGGCCCCUCUGUCAACCAAACUUGAAUUUUUUAAAAAAACAUGUGUGUAACUCUUAUCCAGGCAUCUUAGAACUAUGCAAUUGUGAUUUAAAAUGCAACUUUGUGCUUUUAAAACAUUAUCGACCUUUUUUGUACACAGAUAAACAACUUGGUUUUAUUAUCAAUAGUACUUUGCAUUUAUAGCUAUUAUUUUUAAAAACUCAAAAGUUUUUUAAAAAUGGCAAAUUUUGAAUAGUCAACAACAAGUAAUUAUCAAGUUUGGGGGAAAGGUUGAAAUUACUCAGUUUCCUUAUGAGCAAAAAAUUAAAAAAAAAAAAAAAAAAAGAAAGCAAUGUCCACAGUUAACUAGAUUUAACCAGAAUCUAGCCUUCCAGCUCCUAUUCCCUUUUAUCAGCUGCUUAAUUUUAGUCUCUUUUCCUACCCCCGGGCCUCUAACAAACACCUCUUCUAUCUCAAUCCAUUGCCAGGUUCACGCAGUCCCAGCAGCCUCCCCGUAGCUGGGGCCGUCCUCUCAUCACCCCUGCUGUCUGAAAGACAGGGCCCUCCCCACCACAGAAGACUUUCAUAUCCAUAUGCUGAGAUGCAGGUGUAGCCUUUGCUGGGAUGUACCUCUGAAUUACUGCUCAAAAGGGCAACAGAUACUCAUCAAAAAUGGAGGCAGGCUUUUCCCAUACAAUGACAGUGUACUUGCACUGCCAUUGGCUGAGACAAGAAAAGGGAAUAGUCUAGUUAGGGGUAAACAUUAAUUUAUUUUAAUAAAGAAAUGAAAUGCUGAAAAUCGUAUUAGUAUUAAGUUUAGUUGGAGAAUUUAAGUAAGCAUCUUUUAGGUAACUCUAAAAUUGAGAUUUGACCAUCCUAACUGUGAGGGUAUGUCCCACAAAGGUAAUGCAGUCACCUGGCCCAGGACAUGAGGAACUGGCAGGGAGGGGACUAACACCAAGACAGCCAGGUAGAGUUUUAACCUUGGGUAGGAUCUCACUUUAUAAACACACACUGACCACCUGUCCGUUCUUUAGUAUACUCCUCUGAAAGGAGAAUGUUUACCCAUUUUGUGUUAGUCUCCUGAGCUAUGUCAUAGAGGUUUAUACCUUUAACCCAACAGCCAUGUUGAUGGAAGCAGACAAUAAGGAUGUCACAUGCCAAUCCUGAUCCCAACACUGGAAGAGAAAUACUUUAUAAAGAAGCAAGCCACUAUGAGGAUGUCUUCAUAUGAGCAGAGAAAAAAAUAAAUGGUAAUAAAAGUACCAGUGAUGCAAAUGAAAGCCACAUUUAUAGCACUGUUCACUUCAUUUGGAUAGUAAAAUCAGGUCCUCAACAACAAACGCUAAACUGCAAAGCACACACGACAGUUGGGCUGCCCUUUCUCAGCAAGUCUGUCCCAGUCUCUUUCCCAAGUGCCAUGGUAUCAUAAAGGAAAGGCCUGGGCUCAGUGCUGUCCCCAGGAGGCUGUCCACCUUCUAGUCAACUUCCCCCAUCACCCGGACCAUUCCCAUGGACACAUCUUCUUGUGGUUUUCAAGCCAGCUGGGAAAACUCAUGGACUCUAACCUGGUUUUAGUCUUAAGUACAUUUUUGUGUUAGGUUUCAUAUUGCAGAGCCAAAAUGGUACUUGUAUCUAGGACCUCCCCCCAGAUUUUGGGGGGGCGGUCCUAGAUACAAGCAUCAAUGAAGGGAAAAACAAAGACGACAUAAUAGGACCGACUUGAAAACCACUGUAGAGUCGCCACUUUGUUGUUUGCUGAGUGUCAUUCCUGAUGUUUCUAUGAGUAGAAUAGAUGUAAAAUCAUAAAAUCAAAGUCAAUUUUUUAGGCUAUGCUGAAAAAAUCUGCAUCUAAAAUUAUGUGAGGUUUUAUAAUUCACUAAGAUUUUCUUUGUAUAAGUCAGGGGUCAGUAAACUACAGCCCACAGGCUAAAUCUGGCCGGCUGCCUAGUUUUUUACAGCCCACAAGCUAAGAACGGUUUUCACAGUUUUAAAUGGUUACCAAGUCCCUACAUAAUAUUCUUGAUUUUGCCUCUUGGCCCACAAAGCCUGAAAUACUUAAUACCUGGCCCUUUUAGGAAAAGGUGGCUGAUUCCUGGCCUAGAAGGGAGAAAACACAAUUGAAAUAACGUUUCGUUUCUCCAGUCUAGGGCAAGUGAGUGGCACACUGGGGUCAGCCUGCCUGCAGGGAAGCCCUGAGCAUGCCUGGGCCAUGUGGGCCAAGGAACAAGGGACUCCUGCCUAGCCCUUGGCUCUCUGCUCACUUGGGAAGAGUGAAUAGAUGUGGGUAAAAUUUAUAAAAAUAUUUGCCAUUUGCAGACAGCAUUGGAUACGUUUCUUUUUCAGCUCAGGAAACUGACAUGCCCCGCCCACCUUGACUCUCAGACACAAACACGCUGAAUAUGAGCAACGAAGCCGCCAUCCCCCCCAGCCCUCAGGAUAGACUCGCAGCACAGUGCUGGACUCAGUCCUGAUUCUUACUGGUGAAUUCCUCAACUACUCUGGUGAGCUUAACUCAGUCAAAACAUCAAGAAAAAAUUAGCGUAUAACACUCACAUUUUGAUCCACACUGCUAUGUAGAAAAAUGAAAGCGUUCUCACCUCCAGCCCAGUCUUCAAAGUAAAUUAAUGGUCCCCACCAACACUUGCUGGGUUUCAGCCAGAGACAAGUGCUGCACACACUGCCCUGGCCUACUCAUCUGUCCCGGUGACUAUCCUAUUGGGUCCUUGGUACCAUGAACCUGUCCCACUGUCUUUACCACACACACUGGCAGACCCACAAGGAGAACUAUCACUUUGUUUCAGUUCAGGUUGGAAAAAAAUGCCACAUAAUCUGGUUUGCUUUUAAUAAGUAGGCAAAAAGUAAAGAUUGUGUAGUUUUCAUCACAUACUUUGUUGUUUUAUCUAAAAUGACUGUACAUGUGGUUUGUGAACUAGGCUGUUUGUGCCAGAUCCUUCAAAGACGUUUCAUGCAAGGACCUCUGUGGUCCCUCCCCUCCCCGGGCGCCUUCCCCACUUGGCACCCUGCCCUGUAUGCAGUGUUAGCCAUCUUUGGCCUUCAUGGACUUUUUUGUAAAUUACACAGUUUCCAGACAGCAUUAAAACUUUUUAUACUACAAAAUUUACCAUGUAAAAAGAACUUCAUAUUUUUAUUGAGAUUGCUAAGGCACUUGGCCUUCUUCCUUUGUGAUGUCAGUGUCUAUUAAAGCAUGAGUUCCCUGGGUUUUAAGUGCUGUGUCAUUGAAUCACUUCCGAUACACGUCCUGCGCUUUCUAGGUUCUCUGCAGAGCACGGUGGUCACGUGUCACUCAUGAGCAUAGAUCUCCUCACCCACACAACUGCAGGAUGUUCUGGCCCUCCGAGUGUGAUGGCAGAUCGUA